AGAGACAGCACUACUUAUCGCCAACAUUUGGUCACAGCAUUCAACGGAUGGCCAUUUGGUCCAAUGCCGACCACAACUUGACACCUGUUCAGCGACUGAUGAGCUCCUGUGUUGGCGCCACUGUCACCUCCCUCUGCACCACUCCUCUGGAUGUAGUGAAGACACGACUUCAAGCGCAGCAGAAGGCGACGCUAACUGUGACAAAGAAACCAACGGUGACCUCAGCGGUGGCCAAACAGGCGUCCGGACACUUCGGCGAGACCUUUUCAGCUCGCCUUCCGCACUGGCAAGACACCUCACCUGAGGGCCGAGUGAUGGCAAUACCGGGAACUGUACUCUAUUUCACGGUAUACGACGAGUUACGCGAAUCUCUGUGCUGUCGGUUCCGGUGGUCGGCCGACAAACAGCCCCUAUGGGUGCCCGUUGUGUGCGGCGGCGCCGCCCGAACGCUGACAGCCGUCACUGUCAGUCCUAUCGAAAUGAUAAGAACUAAACUUCAGUCCCAACGCUUGACGUACGGCCAGACGGGUCGGGCGAUAGCGGCUCUGGUACGGGCGCGAGGCUACCGCUCCCUAUGGCGAGGUCUUAGCGCCACUAUCGCUCGUGUUGUGCCCUUUUCGUGCAUAUACUGGGCCUCCUAUGAGACCGCAAAAGUCCAGUUCAAUGCCAAUCCCAGAGAACCGACGUUUUGGGUGAGUUUCUGGUGCGGCGCCGGUGCCGGCACUCUGGCCUCACUGCUCACCACACCUUUCGAUGUCGUCAAAACGCACCGACAGAUUGAUUGGUCGGCCGACGGGUCGUCCCAACGAAUUGACCGCAUUUUGGCCGCUAUUUACCGAUCGCAAGGACUGCGGGGACUGUUCGCCGGCGCCACUCCCCGGGCUCUUCGCGAGGCGCCCGCCUCUGCCGUAAUGAUCGGUGUGUUUGAAGUGUCGAAAGCAGCGCUGGUCAUACCGGGCAUUGGUAUCUACUUUACAUCGUACGAUAUGAUGCGCGUACACCUGUGCCAGCGGUACGGGUACGGCGGGUCCGGACAGCCAUCAACGCCCGCUUGGAUACCGAUAACGGCCGGGGGUUUGUCGCGAACUCUGGCCGCCGUUAUCUUCAGUCCCAUAGAGAUGGUGCGAACGAAGAUGCAGUCGACACAUAUCACGUACGGCGAAGUGGGCCGAGCGGUGCGCCAUAUGGUGGCCACACAGGGCUACCGUUCACUCUGGACCGGACUCAGCGCCACAAUACUACGAGACGCGCCCUUUUCGUCCAUCUAUUGGCUGGUCUACGAGAAGAUGAAGGCCGGCCUCAACGCCCCGGUAGAGCCACCCGUGGCCGUGAGUUUUGUGUGCGGCGCCACCGCAGGCACAGUGUCCGGUCUGGUCACUCACCCCUUUGAUGUGGUUAAGACUCACCGGCAAACCGAGUUGGGACAGACUGGACACACCACUGUCGGUGCCAAAGGGUCGGCCAAUCGAAACCCAUAUAAAACGUCAGAUAUAUUGGCCAUCAUUUACCGAGAGAAGGGUCUGAGGGGACUGUUUGCCGGCAUUUGGCCCCGUGUUAUGCGUAUAGCACCCGGCUGUGCCAUCAUGAUCACCACGUUUGAAUGUGGCAAGACUUAUUUCAGACGCUACAAUGACCGUCAAGUGACCAUAGGCAAAUUA